CUGAUUCUGAUUCUGAUUCGGAACAUUCCGUUUCAGAAUGCUCUGUGACAUCAUAAAGACAUUCUACACACCUUCAGCACACCUUUCUGUAGAUCACACACACACAUUGUAUUCACAUUUCCUCGGAGAGAGCGCUGCUGAAGAAGUGCUAGACGAGUAGAAGAUGAGUGUCCAGAGUUUGUGUCCGUACGGACUGAGGAGCUUGGUGGAGUGUAUUUCCAGAGCGACGCUUCUGUCAAAGCCAGCUGACAUCCCAAACUUCUUGGUUGAGUAUUUGUUAGAGGUGAUCGACUUCAGGUGCUCUAACGCUAACUAUGAAGCUGGUGACAAAGAGGUCUCCUUCCAGUACCAAGACCUGUGGGAGGAAAGGUUCUUGAGAAAUAUGACUGGGACCGCAGUAAGACAGCAGUUUCCAGUCGCCACCACAGAGACGUCUACGCCACCAGCAAAAUGUCCAUCUCUGACAGAGAUAGAGGAGUUUUUAAAGGCACUGUAUUCUGAUUAUGGGUUUUGCGAUGAAGAAAGUAUGGGGAAGGAAAUCGAGGCAUCAGACAGAAAUGGUUUCCCCAUUGUAACCCAACCGAAAGCUGCUACCCCUUUAAAGCCAACUCCUCUCAAAGUAAAGACACAUGAGGUGUCUUUCAUUUCCAGUCACAAGGAGAGUGGGAGAACAACGGAUAAAACAUCAGAAGUGAACUGUAAGUCUUCUCCAUAUUCCAGUCAUCCAAGACUGACGCCACCUAAAAGCGCGAAGACACAUAGAGUGUCCUCAGUAAGUAAUGGAAAAACUGACCUGGCUGAAGUGAACAGGGAAGUGGUGCCAGAAAGGACCAGCACCAGGCCUCUAGAACACAAAACUAUGGGGCAACUGAGAUCAGGAGCAGGACCAUCCACAUCCAGCAUUCCCAUGCCAGAGGGCACUACUGAACUUAAGGUACCAAGACCAGACAGCACCAGGAAACGGCCCACUACACCUAAGGUACCAAGACCAGACAGCACCAGGAAACGGCCCACUACACCUAAGGUCUCUGUACCAGAGAGCAACCAGAAACGGCCCACAACACCUAAGGUACCAAGACCAGACAGCACCAGGAAAUGGCCCACUACACCUAAGGUCUCUGUACCAGAGAGCAACCAGAAACGGCCCACAACACCUAAGGUACCAAGACCAGACAGCACCAGGAAACGGCCCACUACACCUAAGGUCUCUGUACCAGAGAGCAACCAGAAACGGCCCACAACACCUAAGGUACCAAGACCAGACAGCACCAGGAAUCGGCCCACAACACCUAAGGUCUCUGUACCAGAGAGCACCAGGAAACGGCCCACAACACCUAAGGUCUCUGUACCAGAGAGCAACCAGAAACGGCCCACAACACCUAAGGUACCAAGACCAGACAGCACCAGGAAUCGGCCCACAACACCUAAGGUCUCUGUACCAGAGAGCACCAGGAAACGGCCCACUACACCUAAGGUCUCUGUACCAGAGAGCACCAGGAAAUGGGCCAUAACACCUAAGGUCUCUGUGCCAGAGAGCACCAGGAAUCGGCCCACAAUACCUAAGGUCUCUGUACCAGAGAGCAACCAGAAAUGGCCCACAACACCUAAGGUCUCUGUACCAGAGAGCACCAGGAAUCGGCACACAACACCUAAGGUCUCUGUACCAGAGAGCACCAGGAAUCGGCCCACAACAUCUAAGGUCUCUGUGCCAGAGAGCACCAGGAAUCGGCCCACAACACCUAAGGUCUCUGUACCAGAGAGCACCAGGAAUCGGCCCACAACACCUAAGGUCUCUGUACCAGAGAGCACCAGGAAUCGGCCCACAACACCUAAGGUCUCUGUACCAGAGAGCACCAGGAAUCGGCCCACAACACCUAAGGUAUCUGUGCCAGAGAGCACCAGGAAUCGGCCCACAACACCUAAGGUCUCUGUACCAGAGAGCAACAGGAAACGGCCCACAACACCUAAGGUCUCUGUACCAGAGAGCACCAGAACAAAGGACCUAGACAAACAAGAGAGCACCAGAAAACGCUGCGCAACACCAAAGAUCUAUUUACCAGAGUGGACCAGGACAAAAGACCUAAACAGACCAGAGAAGACCAGAGGAGAGGCUAUCAUAAAUAGAGCACCAGUGAAGGCCGGAGCACCAAGGGUUCUGUGGUCCGAGAAGGCCAUUGCAAGACCCGUUGGGGGUGGCCAGGGUAUGGGCUAUAGGCAAGGUUGUGUGGCAGAGGGUGCAACCAACUUGAGUCAAGUUAAAUAUUCUGCUGUCACUUGCCCACAUUUAGCACAUACCGUCCACAUCAUAAGGUAUAGGCGUAUGCUGCCACAAUCCAACUCUGGGCUUCAGUGAUCAUUCAAGAAGCUCACAGCAUCACUACAGGAUACAAUGAUAAUGCCAAACUAGUGUCCCUUAAUAAAUACAGUCGUACUUCCUGUAUGAAACUGAUAAAAAAAUAAUAAAACAGUUUGCAUGUUCUCCCUGUGUCACUGUGGGGUUUUUUUCGUGGUCCUCCGGCUUCCUAACCUAACACUUAAAGCCUGUUUAUGGUUCUACGUAAAAAGGCCUUAAAGGACAAU